AUGCCAACCGGGACGUUGCGAUCGGAAGUGGCGAUCUACGUGGUAAACCCGAACAGUUGCGCGCUUAUAACCAGCGCGCUUUCCGUCAGCCUCUCGCCCCACACGCCUCCAGGUUGCAGCUCGCACUUCAUAACCGGACCACCCUCGGCACCGGUGAGCAUUCAAACACUCCCCGAAUCGAUCGCAUCUGCUUCGGAAACUUUCGCAUCUCUCGUAGCUUGUUCGGCUAACGGCGAACUGGCUCUGCAUCCUGCUGAUGCGUUUUUAGUGGCCUGCUUCUCCGAUCACCCGCUAGUGGGGAUGUUGCGUUCUGCUGCGCCGGGUAAACCAGCAAUGCAUUUGUUGGAAGCAGCACUUCUGCACGCCCUUUGUGUAGGGCGCAAAUUCGGUAUCUUGACCACGGGAAAGAGUGUUGUUCCCGAUGUAGAAGCCGGAGUGAGCAGGGUGUUGGGGGGAAAUAGCGAUAGAUAUGUCGCAACCGUGGCGACUGGACUGGGCGUGGUCGAACUGAAAGAUGGAUGUAGGGAAAAAGUGGAGGGGAGGAUUAAGCAAGGGGCGAAAGAGUUGGUUGGCAAGGGGGCAGAUGUGGUCAUUUUGGGCUGUGCUGGCAUGACUGGGAUGGAAGCAGUCGUGCAAGAAGCGUGUAAAGAGAUAGGGGUAGAGGCAAUCAAGGUGGUUGAUGGCGCUCUGGCUGGGAUGCAACUGCUUGCUGGAUUAGCGAGGCUCAAGUAUCUUUCGUAA